AUGGCCAGUACUAUGACAACCCUGCCAGGGCAAUUUCUCUCUGGAAAGCGCAUCUUUGUGGCAGGAGGCGGGAUCGGUUCUCUGGCCUUCGUCUCCGCCCUUGAUCAAUUAUGGCCUCAGAAUUUAUCAUCGAAACGUCCCGAGGUCACCGUGUUUGAGAGGGAGACUCGACAGGACUCCAUCCAGAAAGCCAACUACACACUAGAUAUAACCGGCGGCAGUCCGGACGAGGGCCUAUUUGCAUUGCAACAGUUGGGAUUACUGGAUAGCAUCCGUCCCUACUCAACUCUCAACAGUGGCCUUAUCAACGUAUGGAGCGACAAGUGGAAGUUUCUCGCGGACAUCGCUCCCAAAGCCUACGGCAAUCUGCCAGCUGCGACCAUGCGCAUCACGCGAGAGAAUCUGAAGCGCAUCCUCUUGGAAAAUGCCGAGAAGGGAAACGCAAUAUUUCAAUGGCAAAGUACCUGCACGUCCGCCGAGCGCCUGCAGAACGGACAGAUCAGAGUCACCAUCCAGGACGCCGAAGCUGGCACAACACAUACCGAGGACUGUGACCUACUCAUAGCCGCAGACGGGGCCAACUCUAAGAUCCGAGAGACUUUCCGGCCCUUCGACUUGAAGAUGGAGUACUCAGGCGCGACACAGAUCGGCGGCAUCUCUCGUCUGACCCAAGGACUACCACAUCCCGUGGAGGAGGAUUACGGCCUCCAGAUGUCAUCGGGUGAAGGUGUAUGCUGCAUUUACACACCAUUCGAUGCUGAAACCAUCGGCUGGGCAGUAAGCAAGACAGGACCCGCACGUGACGCCCAUGAUGGGCCCUUCACAGCGGAAGAGUUCGUCGCGCUCAAGAAUGAGGCGCUCAAGACCGCCUCGAUGUUCGAUGAGCCCUUCAAGACUAUCGUCGAGGCGACCGACCCAUCAACUGCCUUCAUCAGACCCGCCUAUGAGAAGCAACCAUUUCAGCACGACGCACGGAUGCGCGGGGUCGUCUUCAUUGGUGAUGCGAACCGUGUCGUGAACCCGUUUGUGCUGGUCGGCGCGAACCUUGCUCUGAAAGACGGCUGGGAUGUAGCAGAACAGCUAUGCUACAAUACCUCGCUGGACUCAGCGGUGGCCGGGUACGACAGGCUUAGUAUGCCUCGUGUGGAACACGCGAUCAAGUUCUCGCAUGAGCGGGUCCGUUUCGGCCAUAGCAGUGGACUGAUGUGGAAAGUCUACAAGUACGGCAUGGCUGCCCAGAGGAAAAUUGCGAAAAAGUAA